UGUGUCCGUUUUCAAGAUCAUGCAGCUCUGAGCCAAGGUGAAGGAUGGGGAGAUGGACUGAUUUAGCAACAUCUCCAUUCUUAGACCCUACUGCCAGUGGUGGAACAACACUUUAUAAAUACACUUUAUCAAACAGCAGGCAGCCAAGGUGGAAACAGUCCUUAUCUGCUCUAUCUGGGGGCACUGACAGUGAAGGGUGGAGGAUGUUUGACAUGUUGUAUGAGUGGUUCUGGUGGGACAGAAUCUGGCUGCCAGUGAAUCUGACAUGGAUAGACCUGGAGGACAGGGAGGGCCGUGUCUAUGCCAAAGCCUCACAUCUCUAUGUCACCAUCCCCUGCGCCUUUGCCUUCUUGCUCAUCAGAUACCUGUUUGAAAGUUGGAUAGCAACACCACUUGCAGUCUCUGCUGGGAUCAAGCAAAGAGUCCAUCUGAAAGCAGAAACCCACCCCAUCCUGGAACUGUACUACACUGCUAAGUGCAGAUAUCCUGCUCAGGUAAGCAAAGUCCCACUCAAAUAUCAGUCCUAUGACUCGUGACAGUUUGAAUAUCUGUACCACUGACACAUUACUGUUAACUACAUGGCAAAAUGAAACUACACUGUUCAUAUCUCAGUUCAAAAUGUCAGUUGUUUUACAACCUAAUUUUUAUAGUUUUUCCCAGAAUACCUAUCACUUAUUGGUAACAUUAUAUAUAAUGUACUCUGCUUUACUGCGGACACCUGCAGACCUGACAUCUCUGCUAGACACAGUUUUACCACAUAUAUGUCAGGGGAACCAAAUGAGCUAUCAGACAGAUUUCCAGAACUAAUUACUGGUUCAAACAUGAGCUCAGACCAGUUUUCCAUUGCUGUGGAAGAAUAUCAGGUGCAUUAUCUUUGGGUUUCACUCCUUUAUAAGUGGUUAGGAUAACUGUAUUAAAGUGUUUUUGAUUUGUUUUAAACCUGUUGGAUUAUCUGAUGCUGCUUGUGCUAUUGGACUCUGGGGUAGUGAAAAUGUUCAUAACUGACAGCCAAAACCAUGAAAACAAGCUGAAUCAUUUGUCUCCUACUGUAGAUUGAACAGACUGAACACAAUACAACUACAGAGUUAAUUAACUCAAUGUACAGUAUGAAUCUAUAUCACUCCAUUACACGGCCAAGAAUAACAACACAUAGUACUACACUGAUUGACAAUAUAUUUACCAACGUUAUUGAUAAGAAAGUAGUAAGUGAACCACUUAUAAAUGACACAAGUGACCAUAUGCCGGUCUUUGCAGUCAUUCAGAGCUGUAUUAGUACCAACAAGGACAUUUAAACUUAAAACCCAAUUAGACACAAAACACAAGGUGCAAUUAACUCUUUUGAAGACCUAAUGAAACAAGACUGGAAUAAAGUCUGUGUGGAAGAUGUAAAUGAAGCCUCUGAGACAUUUUUGUCUAUAACAACCACUCUCUACAAAAAUGUAUCCUCUAGUAACCAAAGUAGUAAAACAGAAAUUUGCUGAAAAAGCGUGGCUGACUAAGGGAAUGCAAGAAGACAAAAUCAUUAUAAAAAGAAUGUUUAAGGAAAAGAACAAAGCAGAACACACAUACAAAACAUAUAAAAACAAACUGACAAGUAUUAUGAGACAU